UGAUCAUAUCCGCCCCCGAACUUUAUUCAAGCUCUCAUGAAGCUCUCAGCACUCUUGUUCGUCCUCGCCUCUGCUUGUACCGUGUUGGCUACACCCAUGCCGGUGGAAACUGGUUUGGUAGCAAGAAAUCCAUUGCCUACUCCUCCAGACUGGAAGCGAGCUCCCCAGCCAACUGCAGACUGGAAACGGGAGGUGGAACAUCAUCAUCUUGCCCGACAAACUCCUCCAGACUGGUAAACACUCAAUACCACAGUGAUGAACGGGCAAGACCUUGUAUACAUCUACCCAAUUCAUCACUCUCCUUUGUUUUCCCGUAUUCAAUUUGUGAGUUAGCUCAUCAUAUGAUUCGUAUCGUUCGCCUCCCACUCAUCUAUCGUUGUCUCUCCCUUGAAUCUAGUCUUACAGAAACUCAUCUUAAAAUCUUGGUCUCGUUUUGCAGUACUAUUAAUCGAUCUGGACAUUUUGCGUUAUCCAUAGAAAAAGGGCGGGCUAAUUGUGGUGUGGGUUACUACGGAGUAAUCUGUGUACUCUUAGGUGGUAGGCGACAGGGACGGACGCUCUUGUACCACGGUUGUACGAGAAGUCGUAUUAACCUGGCGAUUGUACAACGGCGGUCUACAGAUAGCUUGUAACCUUCCCAGAUAUUGGAUCAAAUUUGAUUCUCAUCACUCCCGCUGAUUCUAAGGCA